AUGAAAGAGAAUCCGAAAAGCUGUCUUCGCCUCAAAGACUUGUCAAUUACCGAUGAGUAUCAAAUCACUGGUAUGAACCCUCCCUUCGAUACGCCCGUGCAAAAUAGUAACACAUCUUUCCUCAGUCCUGGGAAAGCCGUUGAAGACCAUUUCUGUGCCGCUCUACGCAAUGGUCUCGGCACAUGUCUAGAACAACCAGUUGGGGUUGCCAUGGAAACACUCAAGCGAUGUAUGAACACUUUUACACUGUACCAUGAGCGGUUAGGCGACCAGCAUUGCACUAACUGCUGUAUGGAGUCGAGGGAAGGUUCCAGUGGUGCUGAUAAUAGUUGUACUGUAUACAGAGAGUCCCGGGAGGCCAUUGACCGCUAUUACGGGCCUAGCGAUACGACCGCAUUGUCGCACUCGUCGCAUACUGUAGGUGCAUUCGGGUCAGUCUCAGCUAGCAAUCAAUCCUCCCGGAGCAAUACAUACAACCAUCGAAACAAAUCAUCAGUCAUAUCACAGUCUGGUAUGGUGACCCGUGCACCCACCAGUUCGCUUGGCCGGGAUGUGAUUUCUGCCACGGCUGAGUCCUCCACAGCCCAGAAUACUCGGAACGUUGCGAACGAAGGUGCUAGUAAUAGCAAAGCCACCGGGUCAAUGUUUAAUACAAGCUCUGAUGCCAAUGGCACUGCCGGCAGUUGCACGCGUUGUCUCUCGCCUGGUAGGACUGCAAGGACUGCCAAGCUGGUGUCACCUCGCUUACACAGUACCACAGCUGGUAUUGCAUCUUGUUCUGGCAACAACACAGAACCACUUGUGUGUGAAUCUCAUGAGAAUACAUCCAAGGCACACACAGAUACAGCGCACGCUGAGUCUGAUUCCGGUUGCGCUAUGCCUGUGGCGGUUCCUGCUGAUUGCACGCUGACGGCGACGGAAACCAAGCAACCGCCCAGGAAACGAGGCCAGCCAGCUAAGCCAGCGCAUGAUACAGCCACCGAUACACCUUCUGGUACAAACACUACGACAAUGGCAGGUGCUAGUCCUGAGACUAAUGGUGUAGCGGGGCAGAGGGCAAAUGAGGCCCUAAACCCCGGGACAGCCCCAGAUCAAAUGAAACGGGAUUCGCACACGACUCUGUGGGGGAGCUGUCGGAAAUACACACCAGCAGGCUCUGGGUAUGAAACGGACACUGUGGAUGACACGGCACACACGGCACUGUCUGAAAACAACACACACGACGAGAAGGCUGUGCAACGAGUCCCACGGAACAAGCGGAAGUGUACUGAACUGUCACAGACCCGUGAGGAUGGUAGCGGGUCUGGCUCGUCCGAUGUUGGUAGCGAUAGCUCGGAUACUUGGAAACCUACCAGUUACUACGAGAGGCAGACGAAGACUGCGAGCUUGAAUGGGCUAGGGGGUGUAUCUGGUCGAUCCAAAGGGCAAAGUGGAAGGGCACGUUCCGUCCCUGAUAGUACGAGCACAGGUACCAGAGAAACGGACACCGGAGCCUCAGCCACCGUUAAGCCUGAGUCUGGUGUCUUGGAAUUAGAGAGAAUGCCUGAGCAAGGGGUGGUGUGGUCGACAGUUGAACUAGUAGGCAGUGCAGGCACGAUGGAGGCUAAGCAUUAUGACAAGGCCGAGUGUGCAGGUGAUAUUGUCGUUCGAGAUGGGCAGUCCGUCGGGAUACCCGAGAAGAGACAGGGGGUGGCUUUCUAUACCAUCACCAAGGACGCCCACCACAAGCGAAUCCACAGCUAA